GUGAGGCUCCGCUCCUCUGCGCCGAUUGGCCCGCGACGUCGGUGGGCGUGCCGCGGUCUGCCCGAUGGAUGGAGGCGCCUCGGGACGUCUCGGCUGGAUCGGGCGCAGCGCGACAUGGCAGGCGGCAGCGCGUUCUGCGCGUUUUGGCAACGGGCAGCGGGCCCGCGGGAGCAGCGCCUGCUGGAGCUGCUCUCCUACGGGCUGGUGGCGCUGGGCGCUGUCUCGGCGCUGCUGUUGCGAUUCAUCCCUAUGCCCUACGGGCGCUACUCGUCGCGGCGCUUCGGCUGGCUGCUGCCUGCCCGGCCCGCCUGGCUGCUGCAGGAGCUGCCCGCGCUCCUCGUCCCGCUCGCUCUGGCCGCCUGCAUCCCCGCCUGGCGGCUGCCCAACGCCGUCCUGCUGAGCUGCUUCAUCCUGCACUACGUGCACAGGGCACUCAUAUUUCCUUUUCUGAUCCGGCAAGGAAAGCCAACACCAUUUUUCACCUUCCUACUAGCACUUCUCUUCUGUAUAUACAAUGGAUAUCUGCAAGGCCGAAGCUUAAGCACUUAUGCAGAGUACCCUUCAGACUGGUUAAAACGCCCUUGUUUCAUUGCAGGUUUCAUGGGGUGGCUGGUCGGCAUGGCAAUCAAUAUUCAUUCUGAUCAUAUCCUCAGAAAUCUGAGAAAACCUGGAGAAACUGGUUACAAGAUACCAAGAGGAGGAAUGUUUGAAUAUGUCAGCGGAGCCAACUUCUUCGGAGAGAUCCUGGAAUGGUUUGGAUUUGCUCUUGCCUGCUGCACUAUUGAAAGCCUUGCAUUUGCACUGUGUACGCUUUUCAUUUUGGGUUCAAGGGCAAAGCAACACCACCAAUGGUACCUUGAGAAAUUUGAAGACUACCCAAAGGAUAGAAAAAUUGUGAUUCCAUUUGUCUAUUAGUUUAUUUCCUAAAUACCAUCAGGUUCUGAUGGUAGCAGCAUUUUUAAAUGGUUACUUCUUGGAACAAGUAACACUUUUCAUGAGUGUUACCCAGCUAAUGUAUUCUCAUCACUGUGACAAAGCCUUUGUAUCAGUGCUGUUUGUUACUGCUUUUCCUUGUAAUGAAGACCCCAAACUCAGUGGGCAUGGUGAACUGGAACAGAAGUGCUUUUGCAGUGGCACAUCACCACCGUGAGUACAUGAGACAAGACAUCUGAAUUCAUAUCAUGGAAACUGUUGUACAGGAUUUCUGAUGCUUCAGUUUCAGCCUAUAGUUUUCUGGUGUUCUCAUCUGAGGAUUGUGCUAUGACGCAGUCACCCUCAGUGUACAAUCUGGCUGCUGUGUUCAGUUUUCUACUUGUCUGCAUACACCAGUGGGAUUGAUUUGAUCGCCUUUCUUAUUCUUUCUUCCCUUUGCCCUCCAUUUCAGGAGAUCAGAUGCAGACCAAAGACAUUAAAUGAAUACAGAUACUGUGAGAUGAGAGAUGUUCUUCAUCUCCUCUGCACUCCUGUGCAGAUAUGAACAAAAGAGAGAUAAAACUUAAUGCUGUUUACAUUGAUAGCCAUAGCAGUGCCUUUCCCAAGUAACUGAUUGAUUUUAAACAUCUACCUCUCAAAUUUCAUAGCCAUCUCAAAUAAUACUCAACAUGUGUUUUCUGCUCAAUAUUAUUUUAGAGGGCAUUAUUUAUUAGGGAUAAAUGAUUCUUUUUAAUAUUCUGUAGAUUUUGCUUACUAUGUAGUUUUUUUUUUUUUAAAAAAAGCCUUUUCUUAUUGAUAGUGAGCUAAAUUAUUUUAUAUUUUAAAAAAUGGAAAAUCAUAGGGCUUGUUUCUUGUUUUAUCAAUAUUAGUUCUUGCUCUGAUAUAUUUUUAUUCAGAAGGACUCUGGUGGUAUUUCAAAGACACGGUGGGAUCUCAGGCAUACUGACUCUUGAAUUUGCACAUAUUUGUGUCCUUUGCAUAUUUGUGAUAUUCAGUAACUUUUUAGAAUUGGAGAAAAGUCAGUGUUUCUGCAGAAACCUUAAGGGGAAAAAAAAAAAAGCUCUCUGCACACGUACUUGGAAAAUCUUUCUUCAGGACAAAUUGGUAAUAUAAUUUCACUAAACAAUGAGUUUUCCAGUAUUCCAUCAAGCUUUGUUCAGAGCUCAAAAUUAUUAUUAUUAUUAUUAUAUAUAUAUAUAUAUAUAUUUUUUUUUUUUUUGCAUGAAUUACUCUACUACCAGAGAAAUCAAAGUAAUACAAGGGAAGAACUUUUACCUUAAAUUUUUUUAGAUUAGAUGUAUAUAUAUUUUAAAUAUAUCCAGGAAAUAGGUGGUGAAAAAGUGCUUUGCUACCCAAACUUCUGCUUAACAGUAGUUUCUUCCUGCUCUCCUUGGCACAGUAUUCAGUGCACUGAAGCCGUGGCUAUCAUUAUGGGUCUAUCAAGGGUAUAAAGAAGUGCAGCACAUUCUAUUGUUAUUGCCUGAAAUAGUCAGAGAAAAGAGGGGAGCAAAACUGUCAUUCAUGUUGCAAUGAUAAUCUGCCAGCAGUGAAGCCAUCAGACUGUCAGCUGCUCCUCAUAGUGAAUAUGACCAAUAAUGCUCUCUCCCAACAUCCAGGAAGCUCAGCUGAGGGAGAAUCUAGGAAUACCCAUUCCUUUGAAGCCAGUAUCUGUUGUGCACGGCUUGAUUCUCAAAUUGUUUAAUUUUUUUUUUUUUU